CCACACGGUCGCCGUCGCCCUCGGGGCGCUUCGAUCCACUUGCAUAUUACCGGCUGCUAUACUCUUGAGAUCGAUCGCGAGAGUCAGUCAGCUCCUGUCCUGACAAGCGACUUUAGCUUGGCGUGGUGCAGUUUUUUUUCUCUACAGGAGGAUAUACAGCCUGCACUUGCAGCUCGCUUCCUUGGAUCGCUCGCAAACUCAACGCCUCCCACCGGACGGCAGCUGACAUCUCCUCUUCUUCCUUCCCCAUCUCACCAGCUGUCCCUCGUCUCCUAUUUCUUCUUCCCCCGGUUGGCCGGUUUGUGCGCGCAGGCGCAGAAGCAUUGAUCGAUGGAUAACAUGGGGGCGGCCAUGGCGGACGCGCCGGCGGGGGCGCCGCCGUACGUGAGCCCGUCGGCGGCGUUCCCGAUCGCCAUCGUGAUCGCCAUCGGCUUCAUGGUCACCUCGCUCAUCCUCGUCAGCUACUACCUCCUCGUCGUCCGCUGCUGGCUCCGCAACGCCGGGGCGGCCGGCGGCUCCACCCUGCUCCCGCGCUCCCGCCGCGAGGAGCGCGUGUCCGCGGUCUUCUUCACCGACGCCGAUGCCGCGGCCGCGCAGUUCCGUGGGGUCGACCCGGACGUCGUGGCCGCGCUCCCCCUCGUGAAGCACCGGAGAGCGCGCUCUGGCGGCGGCGGCCGGGCAGCUGAGUGCGCCGUUUGCCUGUCCGAGUUCGCGCCCGGGGAGCGGCUCAAGCUGCUGCCGGCCUGCGCCCACGCGUUCCACGUCGACUGCAUCGACACAUGGCUCUACCACAACGUCAGCUGCCCGCUCUGCCGGACCGUCGUCACCGCCGCCGCCGCGCCCUUGCCGGCCGCCGCGACCGGGGACGGGCACGAAGAAGACGACCUCGAGCGGCGCAUCGCCGCUGGGGUGGGCCAUGGGGGCUCGUGCCGGUUCUUCUUCCCCAAGCAGCACGGGGAGUUUCAGCAGGAGCCUAUCAGGCGGUCCUUUUCCAUGGACUUCUUGCCCGGCGAUCGCGGACGGAAACAGCCGCGGAAGGAGGAGGAGGCCGUGGUGCCGGACGUGGCCGGCGGCAGCGGGAGCAGCGGCGGCGGCGUGGCCGUUGGCGAGACGAGCGGGCGGUUCCGGCGGCUGCUGUCGUCGUUCGGGCUCGGCCGGAGCUCCCGGAGCACGGUGCUGCCGGUCCUUCACCUCGACCCAUGAGACGAGACGCGCGAUGGAUGUCGAUCGAUCGGGUUCGUGCAUGUUGCUUUUCCUGAUUUGUCGAUAUCGAACUCCUUAAUGUUAAUCGCUUGCCUGAUCCAGUGCGCGUUUUCAUGCAAUGCAAUGUACUGUACAGCCGUAGGAAAGUUAAUCAACUCGCUCGCUUGAGACAAAUAAUGCCAUUCCAUUGAUUUCUUCUUGC